CUCAAAAAAUUAACAAAAAGUCAAACAGAAGUUUCUGAUCGAUCAGAACGACGAGAACCACUGAUUAGUGUCUUUCGACUCUUUCAUUCAAAUCGUUUUUAUUUCAGUUUUUAUUCAAUCAUUCUUUGAGUUUUAUAUUUUAACAAAACGACAUUUUCUUAAUUGAAUUUUAGUUUUAAUUUUAUUUGAUAUACAAUUAUUCACAACAAAUUUUAAGCCAAACAAUGGAGUCAAUGUCGAAAACGCAAGACUUGGUGUCGGCCACCAGUAUUGGAGAUUAUUCAGCUGUGGAUCGCAUUUUGAGCAACAAUUUAGAGGAUGUGAAUGCGGUUAACAAGUCUGGUUGGACUGCACUGAUGUAUGCGGCAAACUAUGGCCACUUCAAUAUCAUUAGGCUUUUGGUGCGACACAACGUUAACGUCAACUUUCAGGACUCGAUCGGAAGAACUGCGCUAAUGAUGGCCGCAUGCAAUGGUCACACCCGAUGUAUUGAUGCCCUCAUUAACUACGGCAACGCCGACAAGGAAUUGUCUGACGUGAGCGGCGCUAACGCUCUGAUCUAUGCCGUAAACAAUGGUCACGGAAGCAAUAAACUGAUCAAAAGUUUGCUCACGGAUGGAAAUCUCAGCCCUUUGACCACUUAUGAGGGCCAACAAGUGAGGGGACGCUCUCAGGCACAGCAGUCGCGCACCAGACAGCAAGAGAUGGCUUCGGCCGCCAUAUCGUCGGCCAAUUCUGUGGUCCGUGAGAGCAAAGAUCACAUCUUUAAUCCUUACGAAAAGACUCCCUUCUCUAACGCCAACUGGCCGUCAGUCGAUUCAGUCGAAAGCAAUUUGAAUCCAAAAGCCGAGCAAUUUGUGCCGUCAAACGCGUGGUCGCGAUCGACAACCAGUGGCUCCAGUAGUAUGUCGUCGACGGUGUCGUCUACGCGCUCAUCGGGUCAG